UCCUGGGUUCUGCACUGCAGGGGGAGAUGCUUUUAGAAAGGACUUAAUUCCCUUUAGCUUUUAAAACAUGCACUCCUGCGUUAUAUCCUCUGUGAUGCACUGGGGGAGAAGUGCCUGCUGUUACAGUUCGAGGUUCUUGGCAGCUUUCCUGUUCAUAAGAUGUGCAGCAGGAGCCGGUAGCCCCAUACUGCUGAAGUGGCAGUGAGGAGUAAACUCAGUUCUCACUUCCUACCAACAACUCCCCAGCAGCACUGGAUGUCAGCAGUUUUAUUUAGAUACUGGUAUUGGUUUAAUUUGAUUGUACUAUAAAUUAAUAAGUCCUGAUUGCAUUCAAUUGAACUCCUGCUUUACUUAGUCCUGUUGCAUUUAUUGUCUUAAAUGUCAGUGCUGCUACAGAUGAUGGAAACAGAUUUAUGCAUCCUCUGCCUGUGAUCUCUGGAUUGCUAUCUGUACUGAUGACUAAAAGCUUCCCUAACAGAACUGUGAUUUUUCUUUGUUUUUUCUGGACAAGGUUUCAAUUUAAGCAGGAGGAUGUUCCUAAAAGCUGCUGCCAUUGAAGUGUUGGUGGGGUAGCUCUGAGUUCUCUGCAGUAGAUGUCUGUGCUGUGAUCUCUCUGUUGUAACUGCUGCAGAUGCAGCAGCUCCAAACGGAUUAACCUCGGGCAGAGUGGUUUGCUCAAGCUGAGAAUGUGUCCAGUGCUGUGUGGUAUCUCUGAGCUGCUCUCAGCUGUCUGCAUUCAGUGACAGCUAAAUCCAGAACUUACUGAGGUUUUGGUAAUUUGGAUGGACAAGGUAUGGCAGCUUUAGUUUCAGCAGUUCACGGCAGCGCUGUGCAUCACUGUCUGACUGCUCUUUGUCAUACUUGGGUCUGUUAAAUGAGAGCUGCUCAGGUGGCAUUGCAUUGCCACCACCGCCCAGGGCUGGCUGUGCUUGUGCCAACAGCAGCGGCUGUGGCUCUGAGGCAGGGAGGCCACACCAAAAAGACAAGCUGGGUGUAUGGCAGCUCUUGUUCCCUUUCCUCUGGUGGAGAUGUGGGAGGGGAGGUGGCUCCGUGCUUCCAUUUCUGGAGAGGGGCUGCAACUCACAGCCGGUCCUGCUGCGCUCUGGAGUCAGUGGUCCUCUUGUUACACUGGCCGAUAGGAGACUGUUGCACUUCUGUGUUGCUGCUCUUUGUAUUUGUUUGGCACACUCCAGGAGAGAUUGCCCACGCUCACCAUCCCAGACCCAGCACAGUAAGCCAAAUGGAGAGGAGUUACCUUCAGAAAGAUAAAGGAGAAGUGGCCCAAGGAGAAAUGUUAAUGUCACAAAAUUGCCUUUAUCUUGUAUCCUAAGCAACAAAUGGGACGGCCAGACUGAAAAACCAUUGCCUUCUCAAGUGGAAGAGACGGUGCUGUGUGCCAGGAGCCAUGGGGCCACCUGGCUGUGGUGUUGUGGGUGUUCCCAGCUCCUGGGCAAGGCGUCCUUGGUGGAGCUGUGGGUCAGCAGAGGGCAGUCCUGCCUGGCAAGAGCUGAGAGCCUGGAGGUGAACGAAGAUGUGCUCACUGAUGCAAGGCCGAUGGUGCCCUGCAGCAGGGGCUUGUUGCUGAGGCAGUCCUGUUGUGGUGGAUUUGGCAUCUUCAGUGUAACAUAUGGUGUAUUUUCCAGGUAAAAUCAAGUUGAUGUUUUUCCAUUUAUGAAUAAUGCUUCAUGGAUUUGACCAAGUUGAGUGCCUAGUGCUGGAUAGUUGUCCAAAGCUGCUGAUAGCUCUGGAUAACUUAUUUCCUAGUCUGUUCAAUGAAUGUUAAGGGGAGAAGGUAAGACAUCCCCUGAGCCUAAACUAAUAAAAAGUAAGGCUGAGUUAUCUGACACUGGACUUUGUUCAGCUGAAGAAUGCGUCACAGGACAGGCGCUCAGUUCCUGACAGUGACUGAUGGAUGUGACUCAGACUCUAAAUGGCAAACUGGUUCUUGUAUUGAUUGAAAUGCAUUUGUGUUCCUUGCUGAGGGAGAAGGGAAAAGUUUGAUUUGGUGAGUGCAGAUGCAUUUCCAUAUUAUGCUACUGUAUGAAUGGAACAUCAGUUUUCAAUCCAUCUUGUUUCCCAUCUGUAUACAGUGUCCACGCUUAAUGAAAUUGUGGUACUUUUAAAAGCAGCUGAUUUCAUUUUCAUAUAACACAAGAAGCUACAGUAUGUUUUUUCUCCUAACAGUUUUUCCCUUGGAACCAGCAGAUGCUGUCAGGUUUAGGUCUUAUGUGGGUUUCAGAGGUUCCAAACUCUGCUGCAGUGUAAGCACAGCUGGUAGUGAGUGAAGAGUGUAGUAGGCUCCAGUCUUCUCUGAAGUGUACAAGUUUAGUGUCAGUGCAAUAAUAGAUACUUAUUUUAUUAAUUUCUAGUCUGCCUCUCAGCCCUGGCAGACUAAGUUGAUGAAAAACACUACAUGCCUUCCUUUCCCUUAGUCAGUAAAGGAUGGGAAUGGAGAGCACUGUUGGAGCUUGGUGGAGAAAAAGCAUGUCCUGAUCAUCUGGAGGAACAGAUAGAGGGGCUCCUUCCUCAGUUGUAACGGAAACAGUGUCUGUAAUGAUGUGCAAGCCACAUGACUUUUGCUUGUUAAAUUAGUCAUAAAUCCACAUUGAUCAGUUCAGUGAUAGUCCCACAAAGCCCAAGCUGUCUUCCCACAUCUUCUCUCGCCAUGGUGCAGGAUGAGCUUUACAUCAGGUGCCAGCAGACCUACCAGCCCCAGCUGGAGCUGGGCUCAGCCCCUGUGCCUGCACAUGCCCUGCUCUGUGCAGCAGGCCUUGGGAGCUGUGUCACAGGUUGGUCCUGCCUGAGAAGGCUGGGGGAUGUAGUGAACAGAGAGAGUGAACAUUUUGUACUCCUUCCUCUGUAUUUUAUAGACCAAGCUGAAGUAUUUCUUACUCCAUGGUGCUGUACUCUGCAAAACAGGCAUUACUGCCUGGGAAUUGGUGUAUGUUAUGUGAUAGCUGGGAUGCUGAGGCACUAACGGGGCUAGAAAUGGCUAGAGUUUGGAAAUGUCAUUCAUCUUGCUGCUGGGAUAGAAGGCUGUAGCCAGUGGGGUGGAUGUGCAGUAGUUUCCUGUUAGCAAUGGAGAAAUUACCCAAUCGGCCAUCAUUAGAUCUCAGUUGUUGGUGCAGUUGUAGCACAGGUCUGGGGGUUUAACAGGGUCAGUACUUGUGAGAGGACACCAAGGUGAAAUGCAGAAACAAAUGCAAUAUUUGUAUUUGUAUGCGUUAUCUGUGCAAAUCAGUGCAUCUUCACCAGUGCAACACUGCUGAGAAGCAGAUGGAAGUCAUGCUGGAAUACGGAUGUGUUACUUGAGUUUCCUGAAAAUUUUGUGGGAGAAACACUCCUUGCUUGAAGCACUCGGGAUGCGUAGCUCUGGGGGUGUUAGCAUGGGCAGAAGGACUUCAGCCCUUUGGAACAGCAGGGUUUCAGUGUGCGUGAAGCAAUAAAUGUGAAGCUGAAGCUUUCCUGCUUUCAGUAGACCUACAUCUAUAGGAAAACGAAGUGGCUAUUUUCCUGCCAUAAGAAUGAAAUAAUCAGGUGUAUUGCCUUUAGAAGAGGGGGUGAAUUUCUUUCAGCAAGAAAAUGGAUUCUUUUCAGUAAAUAAGCUAUGGUGAGCACCGUGUGGUAAAUGAAGUGUUUUCUGCCUAAAUCAAUCAUCUUUACAGGCCUUCUUCUGCACUAGCACGUUGUGAUUUGACUUAGUGAUGGUGCAGUCCUUGCCCCCCUCCCUUGAUCCUGGUCCUUAUGCCCAAGGCCUGGUGCACACAGUGAGGUGUGAGAGACCUUGUCCUUGAGACUAACAGCAAUCAGGGUUUCACUGAGACAGUUAACCACCACCGUGCUGUCUCACACCAGGCGUACAGACACCCAGUUCAGUAGACCCAGUUCUUAGUUGCAUGAGUGUGAGUCAAUCAUCUUACCCCAUAAAUAGCAAGCAGCCCCAGAACCCCUUGGAGAGUUCUUGCUAGCAGCAGGCUGCGCACCAGCAUCACCCCUUGAGUAGGGACACCCAGGGAGGUUACUAAACGUGUGCACAGAAAUUCACCAGGAUGUGGUGAUCCCUUAAUGACCGGUCAUUGGUAAGUGAGUUACUGUUUUUGAGCUGUACUGGCUUUGCUAAGAUUUGAGCUUAUAUUCAUUGUGCACCUCCCACCCUCUGUGUAGCAAACAGUCAAGGAUAUUCAGCCAUUUCAAAUCUUGUUAAGUUACUGUAAUCAUUGUUCAAAUUACCAUCUUAGAUCUAUUUAUAUCAAUAAAUAUAUUUCUACCUUCUUCUUACAAGUGAAGUGCACAGUGCUUUGUUCUUCUUCCAUGACAGACUUUAUUAUAAAAAUAAGGGCUUUGAAUUUUACACUAUUGUGCUGUAGUUCCUUCCACAGAUUUUCAUCUGGCUCUGCAGGCAGGUGAUGUCCAACACGGUACAAAUGUUGGUGUUAUUUCUAUAUGCUUCUUCCUGUUUUCUGUUGUGAUGGUUCAGGCUGUACUGUACAGUGAGUGGUUGAUCUGUUUUGCCCUGUGCAAUGUGCAUUUCACUCCUUCAGCCUCUAGGGAGACAAGGAGAAAUGAAGGGACACGCUACUGAUUUAGGAAGAGCACUGUGUGAAUUGAGCAGAAGUAAGAUGCAGUGUUUUCUACUCCUACUGAGAGUUUUCAAAUGUAGUUCUGUCAGGAGCUAUGGAGCAAUGCUCAGUUCCAGUUACCUGUUGGAUGGCAGGCUGGAAAUAACAGAGUUACACAAAUGGGGAAUUUUAGGCAAAGCCACCUGGCUCUAGCAUUGGAUAGACAUACGAAAUUGUAGCGGAACUGGAGGUGCUUAGUGCUGAAACGUAUGUAAGAAUGCAGAUUAAGAUGAUAAAAUAUAUUCUUCCCUCUAAGAAAGAGGGUUGUUGAGCUAGCGUUGUUACUGGUAUACAGCUACAGGUUUUCUUUUUUGCAUUUCUGCCCAUCUGACUUCAUCUUCUAGUUAAUAGACAUGUUUCUUGGUUGUGUUAAAUGUUUGUUUCAUGAUUAACUUGCCUAGAAAUCAUGCCAUUUGCUGUGACAUAAUGCUCAGGUGUAAGAUAAUCAGGUUAGCAAACGUUUGCACUUCUGCCAUGCAGAUGAGUGUCCGUAAAGCUUUGCAUCUGACGUGCACCCUUCCCAUGCAGUGGGUCACUGAGUGAAUACUGAAGCACACAAGUGCUUUGUGGGCACAAAAGAAAAUGAGUACAACAGAUUUUCUGCGAUUUUUAAGCACAACUUUCAGCAUUACCCAGAGGAAGUCCUUUGGCUGUCGCCAUCUGUGCUGGCACAAGCAUUUUUGAAACAGGGUUCAGAUAAGAACGUGAGCAGGUGGAUGGAUUAAAAACUGUUGGGUGCGUGCUGUGCAGCGUGGUCUGCUGGGCUCUGAGACCCUGUGGUGUCUCACUGGAGGUCUGCAAUGGAUCAUAGAUGGUCUGGUCACUACCUGGUAAGUAGGGACACAGCCUGGCCACAUCUUCUGCUGGGCUUUGCAGCGGGAAUUUGCUCCAGGGGGAUGUGUAGUGUGGGGUAGGAGUGAGCAAGUGGCCGUGGCUUCUUGGGAUCGUGCAGGCUAAUUGUGGUUUAAUUAUGUGUGGAAACCAUAGCCAAGGUAUCCAGAAUGCUCACAAGGCUUUCAAAAUUGGACAGUGGUACUGUCUGGAAGCAGCCAACCUGUUGAAGUAGUGUAGUCAGAAGGAGCAGGAGGUGAUAGUCUAGCUGUGCUCAGCUCUGGAGAGGUCUUGAGUACUGUGUUCAGUUUUUGGCCCCUCACUAUAAGAAAGACGUGGAGGCCCUGGAGAGCAUUCAGAGAAGGGCAGUGGACCUGUGAGGGGUUCUGCAGCACAAGUCCUACGAGAAGCAGCUGAGGGAACUGAGGAUUGGAAGCAUCAACUGCACCCCUGGGCCUUGUGGGCAGCCCUGAGCCUGCCCUGGGCUCUGUGUGCACGGUAUGGGCCAUAUGCAGCCAGCAGAUCAUUUUCCUUCUUGGAGGCUGGAUUUUAUUGCAGUAACUGACAUGCUAAUGAACGAACUCAUAAUUAAUGUCAAUGAGAAUGUAACUCACUCGUUAUUAACUAACAUAGUGAUCUUGAAAGAAGUGCGUGGGGAUUUGUGUCGUCGUGUAAUGAAGACUGAGUGUGGAAAAUUGAAGAUAGAACAGGAAAAAUCACAGAAAACUAACAACUGGGGAAGCGUGUACAGGAAUUUACAGCAUUAAUUGUAGAAAUAAGAACUGCAGAGCUCAUGGGUGCAGCAGGUGAAUAAGCUCUGUGCAACAUCUGCCCCCAUCACAGAGGUGCAGUGUGAUGAGUUCAUUUGUCUGAGCAAAGGAAAGCCUCGGAUCCUGAAGGAAGCUGGGGAUGUGGAGCUGGGAUGCUUGUGGUGUUGUCUUACUUUCAGCUGGUAACAAAGAGGAGGUUUUGCAUGCUGUUGCUUGUAAAAAUGAGGCUUGCAUAGAAUGCUUGCUCUGAUUACUUCCUCUAUCUUCUUUACUUCCAUAAACACUGACUUCCAAUUUGAGGUGCCAGAAAGUGUGCACUAUAGGGCACAGUAAAAAGCGUUUGCCAUUACAGUAUGUUGUAGAUCAGUAAAAUAAAGCCCCAAAUGCUUUGCUAAAGCAUAUCGUUUGCUUGGGCACCAAUCCUUUGGGGAAGUCCCUAGAUCUACUAGUUAUGCUCCUAAGGAAAACGUGUUUCAGAAGCAACUGCCUGUGUUCUGGUGCAUGUUCUUUCUUUCAUCUUUUCUCCUCAGAUUUGGAGAACAUUGCUACGGUUGCUAUGAUCCCACCUGUUUCCUCUUUUUCCUCCUGCUUCCCUGCACACCCAAUUUUAUGUGUGCCAAUGGAAAGAGCUUAACGCGCUUUCCUUCUUGGAGCUUUUCUUAUCAAAUUUAAGCUUUUCAGGCAUGAUAAAAUGCUUCUGCAGUUAGGGAAUUGAGUGGGACUCAAAAAUAAUCUUUUUCUUGUUGUCCGAGGAUUAUUCUGGUGUUACUGCUCUUGAAUGCAGACAACACUGAAGAUGAAACAAUGCUAUUUGCACAUCAGUGUGCACUCACUGCAACCAAAAAUUUUGAGAAAUUAACUAGCAGCACUGAAUGAGCACACACAGCAGAUAAUGUGUUCAGAAUCCUGUAGUCUGGAGAGAAAGAUUGCUCAGUCCACCUUCCUCAAGAUUUCAGACCAAGGUUUUCAGAAGAAAAGCUCCUGCUCCCCCUGGCCCAUUGCAUCCACAGCACUUGAAGGGCAAACUGAAUUUGUGUGUUUGAGCCCCCAGUGCUGUGUGGCCCUGCAAGGCUGUAGGGCUGUGGGCUUUUGCAACUAAAGUGCUUGCUUAGGAAUAUAGGAUCCAAAGCUGCAGUGGGCUCAGAGGUGUUAGCGUGGUUUGUGAUGAUCUUUCAGGCCUGUUUGAUGCAAGCCUGUUCCUUGGGGAGACCUCACCAGGUUGGACUUCUGGCUGCUUGGCCAGUAUAUGCUUGUCCUGACAGCUGGGUCAUGGGCAUGGUGCAUGAGGCAGCAGGCAUCUUCCUCUCCUUCUCACAAGGACACCUUCUCAUUUAGAUAGCUACCAGUCACAGUGUUGUUUUGCUCAGCGGGUGACACAGCCCACUGCUACCAUAAUCUUGCUGUGGUCCAUCACAGUCUUCAGCUUUGCUUUCUUCCCCUGAGAAUCUGCAGAAACAAUCCAGCCCCAUAUGACAAAGUGCCUCCUGCACCUUAAGUCCAAGGAUUAAAAUUAACCCAAGUCUGGGAACUGCAGGACACAUUCCUAAUGCGCGCUGCUGCUCUUCUGUGGGAGAGAAAUAGCUGGCACAGAUCAUCUGCAGCACAAAUCUCUGAAAUAAGUUCUGCAGAAUUAAAAUUCAGGUGAGGGUUAUGCAGAUUGCCUUAUUUGAAUAUUGAAAUCUUCUUUAGCUUUUUGAUGACUGCUUUAUCAUUGUUUUCCAUAUAUAUGCAAUGAUGCUCAUUUACAGCCUUUCCCCAAUCAGUUAUACAGCAAAUACCACUGCUAUAAAUAAAAUGUCAUUUGCAGGAGACAGAGUUUUGUAAGUUAAAUGAGGAGGAAAUAUUCCCUUUGAAGAAAUGUUAGCCAUGAUCAGUUCGUUUCUGUGCUGGAUUAUUAAAAGGGGUGGGUGAAGUGGCUAUUCCCUGCUCUCCUUCCUUGAUGCUGGUCAGGGGAUACUGGCUUCUUUUUUUUUUGGUAGUGUUUCAGGAAGAUUGUCUAAAAAAAGAAGUCUCUGACCACUUCUUUGUGUGCAGCUCAGCCAGGGACAGUGGUCUGCUCCCAGCAAGGUGCAGAGUUGUUUGUCACUGGCCCUGGCCGUGCCCUCACAUCUCCCCUGCCACGGCUGCCCUCCGAGUCCUGCCAUCAGCCUGUUCUUCUGUGCAGCAAAGAAGCUAUUAGUGCUCUUUUUCUCUUACUCUCUUUGUUUUCUCAGCCAGGUCAUACUUUGGCUUUUUUGGUUCUUUCUCCUUACUAUGCAUGCUGACCACUAAAUAAUUCAGAAUUGUUGGCCAGGAGAUAUGUCUAUCUAGAUAUUCAGUAUCACCAUCUCUGCUGGUAGUAUUUCAGUAGCGUCAGUAAAGUUAUAUUUGUCACUGCUGGGCAAAAGCAGAAGUGGUGCUUCAGGUCAUAACAGCAAAAAUAAGGGCACGAGUCACGCAGCCACUCAUCAGCCCCUGAGCUGCUCCCGAUCAUCAUUCUGCCAUGGGCUUCCCUGCAACUUCCCUGCAGGGAAAUCGCUUCACUUCCUCAGCAGCUUGCCCUCAUUUACGUGGGAAUGGUAAAUGCGCUGUGCUGGUGAACCUUGUGGGGUCGUUUUUAAAGUUAGACUCAGGGCUUCUGGCUUCUUCAGACACUGAGAAAUUUCCUCAGCAGUGCUGGCUUUGAAAGAUAUAGAGCAGCCCAGGUCGGAAUUCAUGUCUUGGUAGCAAAACUGCAGCUGUUUGAGUGCAGGAAAUUCUAUAAAACAGGAUGGGGGCUAGGUAAGGAGAAGAGCAGGAAACUCAAACUGCAGGGAAGCUGCUUCCAGCCCUCUUUUUGUUCAAGGGUAUUUAAAUAUGCAUUGUAGGAAGUUGAAUUUUCUCUCACCUAGGAUUUCUGACUUGAUUUAACAGUCUUUUCUCAAAUAGUUGGGAUGGAAGACUUGCAUAUGUAAUAAAGAAAGGAGUUAGUACUUCCAGUGUUCACAUUUGCAGAUCUGAGUAAAGUUAUCCAAAGCCUUCAGUUGCAUUCCUCAUGGAGAUGUAUUCUCUAUUGGCCCUGCUGCAUAACAGAAUUGUGGUUUAGUUUUGGGCAUCUCCCCCCACUUGAAGAUGACAGUUUAUGGUCAUGUUUUUAAAUGAAGGAAUACCUCUGAAUAGGAAAUGAUAUGCAUUCAUGUCAAGGCCUGGUGCUUGGGCAGUACUGAGAGCUCUCCUUGCAGUGACCAUCACCUGGUCACCAUGGGACCAUCUCCUUGCAGGAGAACAUAACACCUUAGCUUUCAGCUUCUGCAGACAUCUGCUCUGUGCUGACACAUUGGUCCCUUUUCUCCCUGUGCAGCACCAUCUCGCAGCAGUCUCUUGCAGGGCUGCCCUGCCCAUUGCACUGUUAUUUCAUCCCACUCCACUACAGCUGUAGCCAUAAGACACUGCCAUUCACAGUGAUGAAACACAGUGAGAUUAAGCUGUAAAAAUAAAACCUGAGGCACAGAAGUCCUGAAGUAACACUGAGCCCCAAAGCCUGAUUCUGUCAGGAAUGCAGCUCAGCAAGCCUGGCAUCCUGACCCUGGGGAGUUUGUAGUCUCCUUUACUCCUGGGUCUCAUCUGAACCAAAGAGCUGCUUGUUGGCACUUCUGGAAGCAUGGCCUGAGCUUCACAGGUCUGGGUGGUGAGAGCUUCAUACAGUGUGCAGGGAGUGCUGGUGUGGCUGGCUCCUUCUGAAAGCUCCUUCUGCUUACCCUGUCCCAAACACAUCAGCCAAAGGCUUCAGCACUUGAGGCCAGUUGAUAGGUUGAGGGUUAGCUCUUGGUUGGAGGUGGUACCCAAUGCUUGCUGGGGGAAAUGGUGCUUGGUUUCACACCAGGUGUGGUUUCAUUCCCUUUGUUUUGUGAGCUGUGCUUGCUGCCAGGUAAGCUCACAGAGAAAACCGUGACUUAGGAAUUUGUUUUGGUCCAGCUCUAUGUGAUGAGUGAUUUUGGUAGAGCAGCGCAGUUUCCUAUUGCAUCUGCAGCUCUUACAAAUGUGUGUUGUUUUUUGGGUUUUUUGUUGUUAUUUUUUUUUUAGUGCUGCUGCUUGUUAAGAAAGGCUCUCUGACAGCAGUUAGACAGAUGGAACUGCAAGUCAGCAUAAUUGUGAACUCAAAAACAAAUCAGUUGGGCGUUAGCGUGCUUAAAAACAAAUAAUAUGUUCUUAGUUCACUUAUUUUAAAUUGAAAUGAUUUAAACUGAAUACAGUACAAAGCCUACAAAGUUAGAGACCACCUACUUUCUAUCUUACUUUUCAAACUACUGCGAAUUGGAUUUACUUGGUUACUUGCUCAAACCAAGACUGUAAGAAGUGUGAAUGAAGUGCUACUUCCUUUGUUGCCCCCAAAUAUCAGUGCCAGUAUUUUUAAGAUACAAACCUAAUGCUUAACUCCAGAUUCUGUUUUUAAACCCAGAUCUAGAAGAGUGUUGCUCACAAGCAGUAAGCACCAGAGUGUGCCUAUUGAAGUGGAGUUGAUGAGUUCUGUGACUGGGUGUCAGUAUGUAAAUAGGUAGGUUUAGUUCCUAAGCUUUAAACCUCUGCAGUAUUGGGGUGAAGGGAAAUAAGUGUCCUAGGUGAUGAGACCUGAGUGGUUGUGCUGGUGUCUGGGGAAGAGCUGUUCUUUCUGUGUGUAGCUGGUUGUUUGGAAGCUCUUCUUAGAAACGGGUAUAAUUUUUUUUUGUAUCAUAUACUAUUUCAGUGACAUGACAAAUGAAGUAUGCUUUCAAUACCUGAAAACAUUUUAUGUGAUUGACUUUUUUAUUUUUCAAGUCAGAUUUGCAGGGUACCUUCCUUCCCUUUCCAUUUCUUUCUCCUUUCAUUGCUCUGCUGUCUGUAGUGGUGACAUCCAUUAGGUGGUAAAAGUUCAGCUUCUCCAGAGUGAGGAGUUUGGCUUCAGCAAAGGCUUUGGGAGAUGCUGCAGGGUUUUUCCCUUUGCAUGGUGUGAGUGUCCUGCUAAGAUCUUGUUCAAAGACUUUCCUAUAACAUAUGCACAGAAUAUAUGAGUUGGCAAAGAGGACCUGUUUGAAUAAAUAGAGCCUUUUAGCAGUGUUAUGGAGGUAUUUAUUGUAAUUUAGUUAAAACUGCACUGACCUUCACAUUUACCUGCAGGACUGACAUCUCUCAUGCAUUGAAAAUUACUUUCCAAAUCUGUUCUAACAGAUAUAUUUUUGCAGAUUUCUCCAGUAUUGUUUGUUAGUGUGUUAGUUGUCUAAAAUAUGUGUGCAAUUAAUGUAUUUUUUGGUUUGGAACAACUUUCACACAGUGGAUAUCUGAGUUUAAUGUCCUUAGUUGUGUCUAUCUGCUGCUACUUUGUCUUCUACCACUUAGCAGUGGAAUUGCUAGCCCUUGGCUCCACAGACAGGACCUGGCUUGCUUUUUACUCUGGGAGCUAGUAGCUGUUGCAGCAAGGUGCUCUCACAGCCUCUGCCUGGUUGCUGUCUAGGUCUCUAUCUGGCAUAUCUCAAAUCCCAUCCAUUGUUUUCAUGCUGUAAUAUGGAUGGUACAGAGUCUUCAGUUAAAACUGAGAAGUCUGUUCUGCCUUGUUUCUUUGCUUGGCCACUAACUGCCAGUAUUCCUGUAGCCAGUAUGCAGGAGAAAGUAGCUGGAGAAGGCAGAGGAAUGCUAGAGUGGGUAGCACAGCAUGGGCUGGAAGAGCAGAUCUCAGCAUUUGUUUAGUUGGAGCUGAGUGCUUCAAUGUUUAUUAACCAGGCUUCCCAGUUUUAAGUGCAUUAUGUGUCCAGAGGAACUGCUGUAAGCCCUAAUUGCUAUUGAUGUUUACAUUCUGUGUUCUUUCUAGGACAUCUUUGCUCCAUUUGUAUUUUCCCAGGAAUUUCUACAGAAACACAAGUGAGUGAGGUUUGUGUUCUUUAAAUGCGCUUCCUUGGAGGAGUCUCAGUGUUGCUGUUGCGGUGGUGUGAUGGACAACUUGGAGCUGGCUUGUACUUGAAUGGAUUGAAUGGAGGACACACAGAAGGGAUCCCUUCAUGAAUGUCCUGGCUGCCAGCAGGAUUUAAAGUGGGAGGCAACUCAUGACCACUAAACUGUGACAGUUUUGGAUUCUCUUGCUUCUGGCUACUUGGAAUAACCAUUGGGCUGCUGUGGAGAUGAAUGGAGAACAGCGGCAUGAUGCAGAUGCUGGUUCUGGUGUGGAAGACAUGGAAUUCAGUUGGGAUGAGUAUCUAGAAGACACAGGAGCGGUUGCAGCCCCUCAUGGGUCUUUUAAACAUGUGGACACAAGUUUGCAGAAUGGUUUUGCACCCGGUAUGAAGCUAGAGGUUGCUGUCAAGUCUGACCAAAACACCUAUUGGGUGGCCACCAUCAUCACUACCUGCGGGCAGCUGCUCCUGUUGCGCUACGAUGGUUACGGGGAGGAUCGCAAGGCUGACUUCUGGUGUGACAUCAUGACAGCUGACUUGCACCCCAUAGGCUGGUGUGAGCAGAACGAGAAGGUUCUCAAAGUGCCUGAAGGUAUCAAAGACAAGAUACCUGACCAGGAGGAAUUCCUUCAGCAAGUGCUGAAAGGAGCAUGCAGUGCCCCUGCUAACCUGCUGGAGGGGCUUCACAGAGGGAAAAAUCCAUUGGAUCUCAUUGCACCAGGCUCCCGACUAGAGCUCCAGAAUUCCCGGGAUGCCCUGGAGGCCUGGAUUGUCAAUGUGGUAGAAAAUGUUGGUGGGAGACUCAAGUUGCGAUAUGAAGGGCUGGAGGAUUCUGACAAAUUUGACCAGUGGAUAUUUUACUUGGACCCUUUCCUUCAUCAAGUGGGAUGGGCAACUCAAAAUGGAUAUAACCUGCAACCGCCUUUAGCCAUUAGGUCUUUGAAAAGUGAAGCAGAUUGGCAAGAAAUCCUGAAGAAGGUAAAAAAGGAGGAAGAGGAGUCAUCAGUUCCUACAGAUCUCUUUAAGGAUAAACCUGUGAUUGGAGUGCAUUCAUUCUCUGAAGGCAUGAAGUUAGAAGCUGUGGACCCAACGGCUCCCUUUGUAAUCUCUCCUGCCACGGUUCUCAAGGUGUACAAUGAAAAAUAUUUCAUGAUAGAAAUUGAUGACUUGAGGCCAGAGCGUGCAAGCAGCCAGUCUUACAUUUGCCAUGUCAACAGUGCUGGGAUUUUCCCGGUGCAGUGGAGUCUGAAGAAUGGCAUACAUCUCAGUCCCCCACCAGGUUAUCCUGGGCAGGACUUUGAUUGGGCAGACUACCUCAAACAGUGUGGUGCUGAGGCAGCUCCCCAGAGCUGCUUCCCUUCGUUAACUUCUGACCAUGGAUUUAAGGAGAAUAUGAAACUUGAGGCUGUGAACCCAGUUGAUCCUGAGGAAGUUUGCAUUGCUACAAUCACCAAGUUGAGAGAUUCCUACCUCUGGCUUCAGCUGGAGGGCUCCAAGAAACCCAUCCCUGACUGCAUUGUGAGUGUGGAAUCGAUGAAUAUAUUUCCAGUGGGCUGGUGUGAGACGAAUGGAUAUCAGCUCAGACCUCCUUGCAAAGCAAUAGUAAAUAAACAGAAAAAGAUUGCAGUAGUUCAACCAGAGAAGCAAAUUUUGUCUUCAAGGACAGUUCAUGAUGGACUAAAGAACCAGGAACUGAACUCUUCAGAUUCAGUGGUAAUUAAUGGAAAGUAUUGCUGCCCAAAGAUCUACUUCAACCACCGGUGCUUCUCAGGGCCUUACCUUAACAAGGGCAGGAUUGCAGAGCUUCCUCAGUCUGUGGGACCUGGCAACUGUGUUCUCGUUCUGAAAGAGGUUCUCACUUUAUUGAUCAAUGCAGCGUACAAACCCAGCCGUGUCCUGCGAGAGCUGCAGUUGGAUGAAGAAGCUGCAUGGCAUGGGCAUGGAGAGACCCUAAAAGCCAAGUACAAAGGGAAGAGCUACCGAGCAACUGUGGAAGUUGUGAGGACAGCAGAUCGAGUGGCAGAUUUCUGCAGGAAAACAUGCAUCAAGCUGGAAUGUUGUCCGAACCUUUUUGGCCCUCAGAUGGUGCUGGAUAAGUGUUCAGAGAACUGCUCUGUCCUGACAAAGACUAAAUACACACACUAUUAUGGAAAGCGGAAAAACAAGCGGAUAGGUAGGCCUCCGGGUGGCCACAGUAACUUGGAAGUAGCCAUGAAGAAACCAAAUAAAAGACGGAAGAAACGAAAACAUUUUUUUGUUCAUAAGAAAAAACGUUCUUCUACUUCAGUGGAUAACACUCCAGCUGGAUCUCCCCAGGGCAGUGGAGGAGAAGACGAGGAUGACCAGGAUGAGGUAGAUGAAGAAUCUCUGAGUGAGGAUAGUACAUCCGAGCAGCAAGAUGAAUUGCUUGAGGAAUCAGAGGUAUCAGAGAAAAAAUCACUGUCAUCCUCUCCUACACAGAGUGAGCUGUCUCAUUCUCUGACUCAGGACCAAGACAAGAGGAAGAGGAAGCUUAGGACCUUUUCUUUUUCCGAUGAUGAAAAUAAGCCUCCUUCACCAAAGGAAAUAAAGAUUGAAGUUGCUGAAAAGCUGCAGCUGGACAGUAACCCUCUGGAAUGGAGCGUGGCUGACGUCGUGCGAUUCCUCAAAUCCACUGACUGUGCACCGCUGGCAAGAAUUUUCCUCGACCAGGAAAUUGACGGCCAGGCACUGCUACUGCUGACCCUGCCGACCGUUCAGGAGUGUAUGGACUUGAAACUUGGGCCAGCUAUUAAACUUUGCCAUCACAUUGAAAGGGUUAAACUUGCUUUUUACCAGCAGUUCGCUAACUGAGAAGCGGUCAAGUUGAAGCAGACCUUUUGAAGCACAACCAUGCUCCUUUCUCUCUAUCAAGGAAAGCCAAAUAAAGCUGAACUGGCAACCCAGGAGCAUGAGUCAACCUCCAUUUUUCACUUUGGAGAAAAGACAACAUCUGGAGGAAAAUGCCAGUGCAAAAACAGGGGCUACUCUACCAGCUGCCAGCUUGGGAACACAAUAGUCUCUUGCUCUAUGGUUCCCUUUUUUUAAUGUAUUUUUUAAUGAUUACAGAAGAGUCUCCUCUGGUGGGAAGUGACAUUUCAAUAGUUCUGUCGGCACAGAACUUUAAAAGGAGAAACGAAUCCUGUUUACGUUCGCAUGCAGGCUGCCAGAAAUAACCUUUCUAUAUUCCUGGUGAUUCACAGAAUCUCCAUCCCUCCCCGUGGACGGACACUUGCUUUACCACAGCACUGGCUUUGGAAUGUGCUUGGUGCACAUUCGUUUGUUAAUGUUGAGUAUUUUGAUGAAUUUGUUCAUUGUUAGGACAGCAAUGUGACCACAAGGUUCUGAAUGUACAGUAUAGCAAGAGUGUGAUUUGUUUCUUGUUUUGUUCAGGGUUGUUGUUUGGUUUUUUUUGUCUCUGUUGGGUUUUUGUUUUGUCUUUUUGUUUUGUUUUUACUACCUCUGUGGCCUGAACAGUAGAAAUGAUGAACUAGAAAGGGAGGGAACUACUUGUGGACAACUCAUAGCACAGCAGUUUCUCUUCUGUAGGCAUGUCAGAAAUACAAAGCAGUAUAAGCAUACAGAGCUUCUGUUCCAGAACUUAAGUGGAAACCUGUGCAGGCUGAACUUGGAUGUUACUUUAUUCUGAGGUGUCAGAAAAUGAUUAUUUUGCACUUCUCUUACAGAUGGACAGUGGUGGGGGGGGAGGGGUGGGUGAAAGG